AUGCCUUCCACCGUCGUCUCCACCCCCGUCCCCGCCGGCGUUGACCGCAACGCCGUCCUCUCCGCUAUCCACAACCACGACCUGAUGGUCAAGACCCUCUGCCCAGCUCUCAUCUCCUACAACCUCGAGUCCGGCUCCGUCGGCGUCGGCCAGUCCGCCACCUACUCCGUCACCGAUAAGAAGCCCAUCGGCCAGACCACCUACCAGCUCACCAUCACCAACCUCGAGGACGGUGUCGACACUCUCGUCAACGCCAAGCCCCCCGUCGGUACCCUCGUCAUCACCGGCAAGUGGCGUAUCGUCAACGAGGCAGCUGGUCUCAUCCUCCGCGAGGAGGUCGACAUUGAGGCCAACAUGCUCAUGAAGAAGAUGGCCAAGGGCAACGUCGAGAAGACCCACCCCGAGCAGCACGCUGCUCUCCUGGUUCAGGCUGGCAAGGCAUAA